AUGUGGUUAACAAUUUUCUUUUGUGUAACACUUUUGUACAUUAUUUAUCGUCUCAUUAAGUUUUGGAUCAUCAAUCCAUGGAGCAUUCAAAGAGAUUUUUCACGCCAAGGUGUUCCUGGAAGAUAUAUACCAAUUGUCGGGGAAAUAUUGCAUCGUCAUCAAGCCAUUCUUGACGAUAAACCAUAUAGUUAUGUGGAACAAGCAGCUAUCAAAUUUGGUGAUUACUAUCAUUCAUCAUUCGGCCCAUUUCCUUGCCUACAUACAAGCGAUCCAGGACUUAUUGAGAGUGUUUUAAAGACGAAUAGUCGAUUCUAUCAUAGAGCCAAACUUGGACGAGCGAUCCUUUCAGCGUUCCUUGGUUAUGAAAAUGUCUUAUUGGCUGAAGAUGAGAAUCAUACACGCCAUCGGCGACUAGUUACUCCAGUUUUUCAACAUCAAAAUCUUAAUUCAAUGAUAUCAUCUAUGGCUAAUAUAACGUUGAGUUUUCUCGAGAAAUGGCGAAUAACUAACAACGAAAAAUCUUCUCCAUUGACAUUAGAUAUUUUGAAAGAAAUGUCAAAUUUGACAUUGGAUAUUGUGACAGGUUGUGUAUUCGGUGUCGAAGCAAUGCAAGAUAGACAUAUUCAUGAAUUUAUCUAUGAAAAUCUUAAAGUAGCAACCAAUGAAAUGGAAAAACGAAUCUAUAAUAUGACAAUUAUUAUUCCGAUAAUUAAAGACUUACCAUUACCAGGAAAACGACGUAUUGAUAAGUGUAGACGAGAUAUUAAAAACAUUACUUUAAAGAUAAUUAAUCAACGACGACAAGGUUUAACAAAAGCAACUUGUAAAGGACCCGAUCUACUUGACCUUCUUUUGGGACCACAUGGCGACGAUACGAGGCACAAAUUUACAGAUGAAGAGGUUUCAGAUGAGGCACUUACAUUUGUACUUGCUGGACAUGAAACUACAGCAACGCUAAUGACAUGGGCACUACACGAUCUUGUCACAAAUCCCGAUGUAUAUGAACAAUGUCAAAAUGAAAUCAAUACGAUUUUCAAUGAGCAUAAAGGAUUUGAAACAACAAUGUUAUCACAUCUAAAAUAUACAGAAGCAGUCCUAAAAGAGACAUUACGAUAUCAUCCACCUGUCACUUUAGUAGCUCGAACAGCAACUGCAGAUAAUACAAUAGUAGCUAGCGAUGGUAAACAGAUUCAUAUUAAAAAAGGAAUCGAUGUGAUCUUGGAUCUCAAUAUUAUUAGCCGGUAA